UCACAGUCGAAUCUUCAAAAAUGUAAGGUUUCUUUUUUGUGCUGACGUCGGACUUCGCGGUGUCACUGUCCCGAAAGCAAACGGAAACACGCGAAAAUGACAGAAAGUUCUUAUACUGCAUCGAAAUCCGCAUAUUAGAACAAAUACCUACAGAAAAACAAUCAUACAGACAGUUUCUUUCAAUGAUCAUGUUUAUAAAAUGUCAAAGGUAAUGAAACGAAUUUAAAAAAGAACAAUAAUACGACUUUCUUGUUUUAUUUUACCACGAAACGUUACUCAAAAUGGACGAAAAGGGGAGACUGUUCAACGAAUCUCUUCAAAAAAUCCAGCUACCGUUUAGACUAAGCGGCUUACCAUUGUACAGUACUGAAAAAUUCACUUUCAAACUACGUAUCUUAUCCUUUCUUCACCUCUUCUUUCUUUCCAGUGGUGCUUUGGGCGCUUUUCACGUUUGCUGGGUAAAGGCUAUGGCAGGGGAGGAUUUUGUAACUGUUACAGUUAUGGCUCCUUGUAUGUGCUUCAGUAGUUUGGCCGGCUUUAAAGCGUUACAUCUGAUAUUAAACCGAAGCAAGAUCUGCGAAAUAAUUGACAAAUUAUUUGCUAUAGAAGAAGAAACCAAGAAUUAUAUCGUAGAUGAUAUUUAUAAUAAAGAAAGGAAUUCUUUGCACAAAGUUAUUACAUAUUUUAAAGCGGUGUAUAUCGUAUUGUUGAUAGCAUUUAUGAUAUCACCGUUUUCUAUAAUGGCAAAGAAUUAUUUCGAAGGGGAUUUUGAGUUGGUUUAUCCUUUUACUUUAUCUUACCCUUUUGACAUUAAUCAUUUGGAGUUAUAUCCAGCGGUUUAUCUUCAUCAAGUGGAGUGUACAAUCGCAGUGUUUUUGUUCGCGGGUGCUGCCGACUCUUUCUUCUAUACCUGCUGUCUGUACAUCAGUAUACAGUUCAAGAUGCUGCAGCUGCAAUUUGAGAUCCUCAUCCCUGAUGAUAGGAGUCAAAUCAGACUGAAGUUUGAAGAUGUGAAAGACAAAUUUGUGGAAUUGGUGGAGUGGCAUGAGAAAUUGAUAAGCUUGACGAACCUGUUGGAGGUCGUCUACGGGAAGAUCACGCUGUACAACUUCGUCAUCAGUUCUGUUCUGAUCUGCCUCACUUUGUUCGAUGUCACGGUGAUAAAAGACGUGUCAUUAGCCUUGACGUUCCUCUUCUUCCUCACCACGUGUUUUGUGCAAAUAUCCUUAUUAUGCUACUUCGGAGACAAGGUGACGCAGGCGAGUACAGAAGUGAGCGAUGCUGUGUACAAUAGUUUGUGGUAUAAAUGUGAUAUCUCAGUUGGAAAACAUUUGCUUAUCGUUUUGAUGAGGUCACAAAAGCCUUGCAAGCUGACCGCUUUGGGCUUCGCUGACGUCAACCAGAGAUCUUUUAUGAGGAUCAUGAGCAACGCCUGGUCGUACUUUGCCUUGCUGAAAACAAUGUAUCAUUAGAAUAUAAAACGUGCAUUAUAAAGAAUAAUGAGGAAUUUAGUUAAAUGACAUCACAAUUAGUGUAAGAACUCAACUUUAUUUAUCAAUUUGUCAUUCACACCUUGAAAUGUAUGAAGCCACAUCGAUAAAUCUUCAUUGGAUAACCGGGAAUUUAGUUGGAAAAAAAUAAAAUAAUUUCUUGAUAACUGAUUGAAUAAUCAAACAGGAUCAUUAAAUGUUACUUUAAUUUAUUCGUUUUAUUAAUUACCUACGUGAUUUACAA